UAGACCGUCGAUCAGCUGGCGGAUGUGACGGCUUCUCACAUCCGGUUGUUAUCGCGGAAGAGCAGCGGGCUGCUAUUGAGAACGAUGCGCUGAAUCUGGGAAUGUGCUCCAGCUGCACGUAGUUAUGCCGAGCGGCGUGGACUACAGCGAGUUGGGGGGAAGUCUUCCAGCCAUUGCUUCUUUAAACGCCUCGUAUUCCCAGGCAUCUCUCUCCCUUCCCUCCCCUUACUACCCCCCGCUACCCCCGGGAGAGAGACGAGCCUUCUCAGACGUACGCCGAACGUUCUGCCUCUUCGUUACGUUCGACCUCCUCUUCAUCACUCUGCUCUGGAUCAUUGAAUUAAAUAUCAGAAAGAGUAUAUGGACCAGUCUUGAGAAUGAGGUUGUUAACUACAACUUCAAGUCCUCUUUCUUUGAUAUCUUUCUUUUAGCUGUGUUUAGGUUUCUGUGUUUACAGCUUGGUUAUGCUGCAUUUCGAUUAAGACACUGGUGGGUUAUUGCGAUCACUACGCUGGUGACCAGCGCCUUCCUCAUUGCCAAAGUUAUCUGGUCAGAUUUGUUUAGUCAGAAUGCUUUUGGCUACGUUCUUCCCAUCACCUCGUUUGUGGUGGCAUGGCUGGAAACCUGGUUCCUGGAUUUCAAAGUUCUCACACAGGAAGCAGAAGAUGAGAGAGUGUAUCUGGCAGCAGUCAAUGCUGCGUGUGAGCCGGCCCCUCUGAUCAGUCCUAGACCCGUGUCUGAUGGACAGUUUUACUCCCCGCCAGAGUCCCUGGCAGGUUCGGAUGAAGACCUUGAUGAAGAGGGCCUCGGCAGGAAAGAACUAACAGAACAAGACAAGCAGUUUAUACGACAGGGACGGGAGGCCAUGGCUGUGGUGGAACAAAUACUGACACAAGAGGAAAACUGGAAGUUUGAGAAAACUAAUGAGGUGGGCGAUGCCGUAUAUACACUUGAAAUCCCGUUUCAUGGGAAAACGUUUAUUUUAAAGGCACUCUUGCAGUGUACCGCAGAGCUGGUGUAUCAGGAGGUCAUUUUGCAGCCUGAGAAGAUGGUGCAGUGGAACAAAACAGUGUCUGUUUGUCAGAUUUUACAAAGAGUGGAUGACAACACAAUGGUGUCAUAUGAUGUUUCUGCAGGAGCCGCUGGAGGUGUCGUGUCUCCCAGGGACUUUGUGAACGUUCGUCGGGUGGAGCGCAGGCGAGACUGCUACAUUUCUGCAGGAAUGGCCACCAGUCACUGCAGCAAACCCCAUCACAGUCGCUACGUCAGAGGGGAAAAUGGUCCUGGUGGAUUUGUAGUGUUGAAAUCUAGCAGUAAUCCUUCAGUUUGCACCUUCAUUUGGGUCCUCAAUACAGACCUUAAGGGUCGCCUCCCACGUUACCUCAUCCACCAGUCACUGGCCGCCACCAUGUUUGAGUUCAUGUCUCAUCUCAGGCAGCGUAUAAAUGAAGUCCACGUCUCCUACCGGUGACGGCUUUGACUCUUUAUCCAGCCACAGUUUACAUCGUGGUAAUUUCAAAUUACACUGUGCCAUAUUCAAACUACGACUGCCAUGAGGAGACACAGCAUUGCGCUUGACUGGCAGGAAGUUGUUACGGCUGUCUGCGUCUAGGAAACUUUGACUGAAUGUUCGGCUGCACUUUACACUGAAGUUAAAGUUUAUAUAGAGGUACUACUGCAGCACAUGGGCAAGAGGUCAUAACUCAUACUGUCAAACCCCACAAGAGCUGAAACACAUGCACAGGAAGUUAUCAGGAAGAGCUGCUAGUGAUAUAUGAGAAGAGAGCAGGGGAAUGGAUUAUGCCUAAAACCACUGUUGUCCCCCUACUGAACAGGACUGAAGGCUAGGACGGUUUCUACAUUCUGAGCCAAAUACGCUGUGGUUGCGCAUUCUGCUUUUACUUAAGCCUUAAUCGAACAUGCACACACAUUCAUACUCAUAAUUAUUCAUACUCAUUAAUCUGUAGAAUAGGUCAGCAUCCUGCCAUGUAUAUGAUCAUUUGUCUAAUAAUGUAUACGGUUAAGAGUUAGACUGGUUAACUAGAACUCAAACCAUUUAUAUAAAACAUGCUGCAACAAAAAAAAAAGCAAACACUUGUGCUUGGUUUUGUUUUAUAAAAACUGGUUUGAUGCAGCUCAAAAUCCGUCUGAAAUGAAUAUAAUGGGCCUUUUGUUGAAAUGCGUGCAUUAUUUCUUUUCUUUCUUUAUUGCAUGUCAGUUUGUUUUCUCACAGAGCAUUGCUGUCUUAUUUUUUUUUUAAUUAUACACCCAUGUUUACCACAAAUAUACAGAGCAUAGCAAUUUACAAACAGGAAACUAAGGCAUAGUCGGCGGUUGUUUGAUUAGUAGUGUCUCUAAUACAAAUGUGAAUGUGUCCUUCAUUAGUUGCCUUGAAGCAAGCAAAUUAUUUGGUUGAGAGGAAAGACACUGUUACAGGGUAUUGGGCUUCCUUUUAUAGGAUGCACAUGUUUAGGUCGGUUUAUCAGUGGUAUCGUAAAUGAAGUUGAUUGUUUUUUGUUUUUUUUUAAACAGUCUUGUUCUGUACUUUGUUUUGCAGCCUUCUUGGCUUGUACUUGUGUGCCUUUGUUACAGUUUCACUCACUGAAAUCACAAGUUGCUUUCAUUAUUUAGAUUUCUUUUGUAUCUGAACACUUUGUUUUGGCCUCUAUGGACUGUAACCACAUUUGUUUGUGCAGAGCCUUUUGCAGUUCACUUGAAUUCACUUGUGAUUCAGGUUCUGUCUGAAUGAUAUUUUUAUACUGAUUUACAGUAAUAUGAAGCAUAAGUUUGUCAUCUAACUCAAAAAUCAUGAUUUUUUUUUAAAUGAAGAAUCAACAUUUAAUAAAAUUAACAAACCGUUUACA